UGUCGGUUUCUCCCCUCCCCUCCCGUUUCUAUUUUCUCCUUUUUAUUUUCUUCUCUUCCCCACGAAGAAAUCUCCACCGUCUCAAUUCUAAUCCCUGCUUGCAGCGGACAUGUAUAAACAUUUAAUAAUUACAUUUUCAUUCAUUUGUGUAUCUCUCUUUUUGGACUCACCUCCCAAAUUAUUUUCAUUUUCCAAGUACCUCUCUUAUAACCCAAAAUCCCUAAAACAAUAGUAGUCACAAAGUCUAAUGCAAUCAUCAAUUUCCUCAUCUGGGGUUAAUAACAGGAACUUGACCCCAUCUCGUCCCAUUGCAAUUGUGAGCCUUUUCAAGAUUUGUGUGCUUCUAAUCUUUUCAACCUUAAGAAUUCAGGGCAUGAGAGUCCAUCCUCUGUCCUUGAAACAAGACAUUGCUCUCCGUGAAGAAAUUGAUUCGAAUUUUUCCCUAAUGGAAGGAAAUUUCGCCGUUAAGAAACUGCGGAAACUGCCUCACGUAUUUAACAACGUCUUGGAAUUGCCGUUCCGUUCUGACGCGGAUGUGACGGUGGAAGAGACCGAAGGAUUCUUCUGUUUCGUGGCGGAAAUCUACUUGGAAGGAGCUGGCAAUGGACGGGUGAGGGCACAGGCCGUGGAGAUUCAUCCUGGGGUGACGAAGAUUGUCGUGCGAAAGGGCAAUGGAGAUGGUGAAAUGGAGCUAUUGUUGGAACAAUUGAAUGUGGACACGUGGAGGUACAGGUUGCCUGCUUCGACAAUGCCGGAGCUAGCCACGGCGGCAUUUGUGGACGGAGCGCUUGUCGUGACGGUGCCAAAGGGUGGCCGUGAAGGUGCAGAGUUUGAGGAUGGAUCCAGGGGUGUUUGGGGAGGCGGUGGCCCCCUUGUUCUUGUACAAUAGUCAACAAUGCAAAUUAACUUCUUCACAUUUGAUGUUUAACCAAACAAAUUAGUAAUUACGAUAAUCUGUUUCUUUUACAUUGUUAAUAUGUUAAAUUAUACACUAGUUAAUAUGUCAUUCUGUUUGAUCACAUGGUGAUAAAGGAUGUAAAUUGAUUCA